UUGGAUGGGAUUUGAUUUUAAUUUUUAUAAAAUUACUGUAAAAAGUUUGGUUUCAAGAUACUCCUCAAUUGUCCGAUCCAAACUGUCCGGACCCAGUUACGCAGCCCAAGUGAUCCCAAGAUUCCGAAAUAAAAAACUAGGGUUUUUUUAUCAUUACCAAUUUUGCAGCUGUGAAAGCAUAGAGAUAAUGGGAAGAGGGAAGAGAAGAGCAUCGUCAAGAUCUAAUCUUUUCCAUCUCCCUGAAGAUAUCUUGAUUCAGAUCCUUGUUAAACUACCGGCGAAAUCACUGUUACGAUUCAGGUCCAUCUGCAAAUCAUGGUGCUCUCUAAUCAGUCACCCUAGCUUCAUUGACGCACAUCUCAAACAUCAGACAAGCUCAAGCAACAACAACAACAGUUAUCUCCUCCUCAGGUACAAACCUGACAUUCAUAAUAAGAAAUCCAAGGCCCUUUACUCAAUACAUCAUGAUGAUGAAUCGUUCCGUCAGUAUUUUCAACCAGAGCUUCCAGAACAAUUCAAAUCCUCAGAUAUAUACGGGACUUGUAAUGGAAUAGUAUGCUUGUCGGAGAGUCCAUUGAUUCCAUCAAGCGACAUAUAUUUAUGGAACCCAGCACUUAGAAGAAUGAAAACCCUCCCGACACCUCACAAAGUUGACCUACUAGGUACCGCCUUUGUGGCCUUUGGCCUUGACUGCUGUGGUAAUGACUACAUAGUAAUGAAGAUUGUGAGCUUCCCGCCAGACAUUAAUAACCCAUUCAAUACUUCGUUCCGACUUGAUGUUUACAGUCUAAGCACAAACUCUUGGAGAAAAAUUGGUGUUGCAGCCUUAUCAUGUUCCAUUCGUGGUUGCCAACUUGCCAUCAACAACGGAGCUGCCUAUUGGACUGCAUAUGUGGAAACCAAGGAUGCUGAAGGUUGGACCAUUUUUCAAAUUGAAAUGGGUGAUAAAGUUUGUAGCGAGGUAAUGUUGCCGGAUGAUGCUCAGCGUGGAUGUCCAAGUAUGGCGGUAUGGGGGGAAUCACUCUAUCUUUAUGAUUUUCUUUGGAAUAAAGGGUGAGAGUGUUUUAUAUGGAGAAUGGAGUGCAGCAAAAUGGGAACUUGGACAAAACGACUCAUCAUUAAGUUUCCGGAGCUGAAUCCUUGGUGGCUAGGCUUUAGAAGGAACCACGAACUUCUGCUAUUACGUUACAUGGAAAGACUGGUGUCUUAUAGUCCUGAGAACCAACAAGUUAAGCAUCUUGGAAUCGUUGAUUUUCUACUUUCCAGCUUACAUUCUUAUGUGGAGAGUCUUAUUCUACUUGGUGACAAAGAUUCUUAUUCUAUACAGUAAUGGAAAUCCACAUUGUGACCUAGCAGAUUUUUUUUAAUGCAGCAAUUCACUCGCAAGAAGCAGCUGAAUUUUUGUAUAUUUUCCGGUAAG